AUGUUGUGGAUCUUGGUUCACAUGGAGUUGAUUGUUCUGAAUGUAGCCUUAUUUGUUGCAGCUUUAUUCUGUUCAUCGCAUGGACGAGACCACACAGUAAGCCAAGAGGAAAAUGGAGUCAAUAAUGCUCAAUCUUUAUCACAUCGAUCAAAGGGAGUGAUUUGUUUAGAGCGUUACUCAUUGCAUUAUUACUACUCUUCACGUCGCUCCAUUUCGAAGGAACUCGAGUUCUUAAAGGCUUCACUCCACGAAUCUGAGGUGGUACAGAUUUCAGAUUCGGGGGUGACGCCUUUAAAUCUGUCUCUAUCCAUCCAUUUCAAGACAUUCGAGGACGCAAGUACAGACUCCCACGGCACUGCCGAAAGCAAGUCUUCAACGAAAAGUAUGGAUGCUAAUCGACCUCUUAGGGCAGAGCAAUCAGACUCUAACGUCUUCAAUAACAAGAAGGUGACAAAGCAAAACAAGUCACUAGAAGGACCACAUGUAGAAAUAAUGAAGAAUGCUCUCAAGAAGUCUCAGAUUUCGCAAACUACCCAAAUAAGUCUUGAAGACGCUCCUCCCAAAACUAUUUCCGUGGCAAAGCCAAUGAAUACAGAACGUAGUGGCUAUAAGCACGCGACGAAGAAAGAGGAGCUGUUGAGAACUGCCGUUCUGAAGAAAACUUCGGGGAUUGAUGGCUUUAAGGAUGACGAGGAUUCAGAUACUCUCAAAAAUGUGGAAAGCAUUGAAAAUGAACCGGCUGCGGGAGUUGUGAAACAAAACCCAUAA